GUCCUUACGAGAAGCCGGAUAAGAAAGCGGUUGCGUACAGCUUGGCUCAUGACAGCUUGGCAAAAUUACGCAAUGCAAGAAUAUCGGAGUCGCUGCAACGUACAUAAUCAAAACAUGACUUGGACAGAUCCAACAAACGGGGCUCUUGAACUUGGAGAACCCCACUUGAAAGUCAUCUUGGCAUACACAAUACGAAACUCUGGAUAAAUACAGCGGAUAAAUGCAGCUUCAGCUGUGUCGAGUUGGGAUACACCAAGAAAACCAAAAACAAUGGGUUGCCGAAAUAGGAGCCAAAUGCAACCCGUAGCCGAAGACUUCAAUAAAAGAGUAAUUCAUGAUGCCAAUCGACCGCACAUCAUAUCACUACAGAAUUACCACGUUGAUCAACCAUGGUGAAAUUCUCCCACGGAUGUUGGCAUCCUGCCCAAGAUACCCUCAUCGACUGGGCUGUGGAGGUCAUCAAGUCGGAAGUUCGGGAAGAUAAUGUUCAUUUCGUAACAUGUUCAAAACCAAUAAACCAUAGGGGAGACUCUCUCAACAACCCCACGUUAACCCACAACCUGAGUUCACCUAUGGAUGAUGUUCUCUUGCUUUCCUCGAGUCACUGGAAAGCACAAAAGAGCAUCACAAGUGGACCUCACUUUGAGCUGUUUCCACACGGCCAACCAAAAUCCAAUGUGUCCACUUCAAAAUCAACAUCAGCAUUGUCAAUCCAAUCCGGAAAUUUGAAGUCCACUGUCAAUACUGGCCCGAAAGCAUUCAAUAUCAGCUUUGAAGCCAAUGGGGAAAUUUUGUCAGAACUUGGAUGGCGUUCUGUAGGUUAUGUGAAGGAGAACACGACUGCUUUGCACCCAAAGGCCAAUUAUACCGACCCCAACAAAGGAAAACGAUGGGUUACAUAUCAACUAAGACUAGCCGUUGGCGCCAAAGUAUUCGGUCUAGGCGAGAGAUUCGGCCCAUUUCAGAAGAAUGGCCAGAAUGUAGAGAUGUGGAACGAAGAUGGCGGAACCGGCUCAGAGCUCACUUACAAAAAUAUUCCAUUCUUCUUGACUUCAGCUGGAUAUGGAGUUUUUGUCAACAGCCCCUCGUUCAUUUCCUUCGAGAUCCAAACAGAGCGUACAACAAGAAUUAAUAUUGCGAUUCCUGGAGAGAAGCUUGAGAUCUAUCUCAUCCAUGGCUCUACUCCGAAAGAUAUCAUACAGAAGUACACAACCAUCAGCGGACGGCCAGCUCUGCCGCCUGCUUGGACUUUCGGUCUUUGGCUUAGCACAAGCUUCACUACAAAUUAUGACGAGGCAACUGUGAACAGCUUUCUUAACGGGAUGGCUGAAAGAGACAUCCCAACUGGCGUUUUUCACUUUGAUUGUUUCUGGAUGAAAGGAUUCGAGUGGUGUGACUUCAAGUUCGACAAGGAUAUGUUUCCCGAUGCGAAAGGUCAGAUCAAGAGGAUUAAAGAGAGGGGAAUGCAUGUGUGCUGCUGGAUCAAUCCAUAUAUUGCUCAGGAAAGCGAGAUAUUUGAUGAGGGCGUUGAAGGAGGAUAUUACCUUAAGCGCAGCGAUGGAAGUGUCUGGCAAUACGAUUUCUGGCAAGCCGGAAUGGCUUUCAUCGAUUUUACCAACCCUGCUGCGUGCAAAUGGUACCAAGAUAAGCUUCAAGGCUUGGUCGAACUAGGUGUUGAUUCUUUCAAGACCGACUUUGGUGAGCGUAUUCCAACAGGUGAUGCUGUCUAUUUUGACGGUUCCGAUCCCGCAAAAAUGCACAACUUUUAUCCGUAUCUCUACAACAAAGUGACCUUCGAGGUCCUAGAAAAGGCUUACGGUAAGAACAAUGCGGCGCUAUUUGCUCGCUCAGCAACAGCAGGCGUUCAGCAAUUCCCCGUGCAUUGGGGAGGUGACCCAUUCAGCACUUUCGAGGCAAUGGCCGAAACUCUUCGCGGUGGCCUGAGUCUCGGCCUCUGUGGGUUUGGAUACUGGGCUCACGAUAUUGGAGGAUUCGAAGGAAAUCCUGAUCCGGCUCUAUAUAAACGCUGGAUCGCUUUUGGUCUGCUAUCUAGUCAUUCACGACUACAUGGUAGUGGAAGUUAUCGUGUUCCGUGGCUAAUAGAUUCCACUGAAGAAGCAUCGGCUGUUCUGAAGAAGUUCGUCAACUUGAAACAUAGUCUGAUGCCUUACCUCUACUCUUCGGCGAUUCAAUCUCACAACACAGGCCUUCCUAUGUUACGAGCGCCAUUCCUGGAGUUUCCGGAGGAUCGCAGUACUUGGCAUCUUGACACUCAGUAUUUGCUUGGAGAUUCUCUCCUGGUAGCACCGGUCUUCAAUGCUGAAGGAACUGUCGAAUACUAUCUUCCUAGAGGGAAGUGGUAUGGUUUGAUUGACGAACAGAUCCGGGAGGGUCCUGGUUAUAUCACUGAAAAGCAUGGGUUCGACAGUUUGCCGUUGUUGUUGAGACCAGGGACUGCCCUGGUGUUGGGUAAAGGUGGAAAUAAUGUUGUCUAUGACUGGGCAGAUGGUUUCAAACUAUUGAUCAACCCAGUCGAGGGCAUGAAUUCCGACGUUGAGGUUCCAGACCACAAGAAUCUUGGGCAGGUGAAAGCGGUGAUCAAAGUGGAGGUCAAAGAUGGCUUGGUGAGACUGAGCAUCCUGAGGGGUGACUUGAUUGAGGGAUGGUCCAUCAAAAUUUCUGGGCAAGUUAUUCAGGAAGAUCAUUUGAAACCGGAUCGGAAGAAUUCUAGCGAGAUGGAGAUCGUGGACAAUGAAAUUGUUGUACGCAGUGCUGCGUUGAAGAGUCUUCAUAUUAAACUUGUGUAGACUAGUGGGUGCUGCGGCUACAAUGCAGAAAUUUUGUUCUCAUGCCUCUGAAAUAAACCAAUACAGCGAAAGGAAUGGUUACGUGGUGACAUGCCAUUCACUUGACCGAGGAAGUGCCGUUUGAAAUGUAUUCAAACUUUUUGUAGAUUCCUACAUGAGUGUCAAGCGAUCUACGUAUCCUGCUGUAUUGUGAACGUGAAUCACAGAAGCGAAUAGCACCAGUAUGAUGGAAGCUGAACAUCAGCACUUUAUUCCUCCUACACAGAUGUCAAUAACUCUAUAUAAUCCAAUUUUGCAGCAUACAACUAGACAACCAGAUGAUGCCAACGGUUAUCAGACAUUGAUUAGUAUUUGCAGUCCUUGCCCAAUGACUAGAUGUCUCACCAGAAUCAUAUAAUGUUGAAAUAAACAGAGAGUUAACUUAAUUCUGAAUGUCAC